AUGCGUAUCAGCCAAGCAGCCACCCUGCUGGCCUGCACAGCAGCAACCAGCGUCAACGCCUUUACCGAUUCCGCGCCCUUUAUCCUCUUCUCCUCCGCCGACCUCCCCACCCCGAACUCCAACCCCCAACUCCAAACAUCCUCCUCAGUCCUCUCCACAACCAAGUCCCUCCUCUCCGGCUGCCCAACAGACAAGUACAUCCUCAUCUCCCAACCCAACCUCCACGCGGCAGACAUUCGCACCUCGGAGCACUGCCUCCACACCCCCAACCUCUGCAAGGCCACCCGCGCCCAAAACACAAAGUCCGCCUUUAGCGUAGCAGAGGUUAUCGGGCAGAUUUCCGCCACCGAGCUAAAGGAGCUGGUCGCCCAGUCCUGCAAACAUGUCAAGGGGGGAGCGAUGCAGCUUUUGGAGGUGAGGAUGAGGGGUCUUCCUCCUGUUGUUGGGGGGGGGGAUGAGAAGGAGAGGGUGGAGAUUCUGGAGGAUAAUGAUCACAGACUUGGGGAGAGGAUGUCUGCCCUUGAUGAGGAGGGGGAGGGGUACACUGUUAUGGUUUUCUCGGACCCGGCUGAGUUGCCGCCUUAUAGGUCUGAGUUUGACGGGGUGGCUACGGGGCAUAUGGAUUUGAAGAGGGGAUUGGAUGAUGAGUUUGAGGGGGUGGUGGUGAAUAGGAGGGGGAAUGAGACGGAGAGGGAUACGAGGGGGUUGUUUGAGAAGUAUCAGUUUUUUACUCCUGGCAUCUUUAUGGCGCUGAUCACGCUGGUGAUUGUGCUGGCUAUUUUGACGGUUGGGCUGAAGGCGCUGGCUAGUUUGGAGGUGUCGUAUGGGGCGUUUGAUAAGGAGAUGGGGCCGGCUGCGCAGAAGAAGCAGCAGUAA